AUGAAUAGUCCCGUUGAGGUCAACCGUGGAGUAGUUAUGUGUUCCGUGAGAAACAUAUUCGCCAGCGAGCCCAGUGACGGGAAGAUUAGUAGGGUUUCUGAGUUGACUGGGUUUCUUGAAGUGGUCGUUGAAAAUGCAAAUCUGGCCAAAAUGGUUGCAACCAACAAUUUUGCUGUCUGCAAAAACCAGACAGUGGAAAACGUCCUCGUUGAUCGGAAAACGUCGCCAAACUCAGAGCAAAGCCAGAAAACGCUGCCAUCAAAGCACCAAGAAACAAAUUUCGACAACCGUCCGUCGUUUUCGGAAACCAGCUCCUUCGAUGCAUACUGUCUUGUGGUUUUAACAAUUUCAGACGAAAGACUCCGCACCCCAGGCGAAGGAUACAGGUACUGGACGUCUUCACAAACCACCAGCAGUGCUCCCAUGGGGAGCGGGAGAGCCAAACUGGGCGGUGAACUCAUUUGCGGAAAUCUCUUCGACAGCUCAACUUCCUUGGAAAUAGAGUAUGGAGUAGACAAGAACAUACCGGUUGGAUUGAUCCACGUCGAUGAUCGGACAAACCUCGACGCUACUGGCGGCAGAGGCGAUCUUGAACUGUUGCACCACGACGAACCGGCCGUCCCAGCCAAGAACCAUCAACUGGCCUGUUUGAUCCAGCACAAUGAGCCAUUCCUGGUCGAGUCCAGGCGGCUUUAUAUGGCCAAUUGCCAUGAUCCGGUGGGCAGGGGCAGGAAAGGCGUUUCUGGCGACGCUGGGGUCUCGACCUCUGGGAAUGUGAAUUUCUCAAUCACCUCGAGCUGUUUGAACGGCUGCAGGGGCGCAGGCUUGGUCACGGCGGGGGUGAACGGUGCGGCCUCGGCGGGUCUGAAGGUGAAUUUUGGCUUUUCAGCAGGCUUUGAGGACGGCUCAGGCUGGGGAGCCGGUGUAGGCUUGAAGAGAGGAGCUGGAGCCGGGGCUGGUGUAGGCUUAAAAAGAGACACGGCCGGAGCAGGCUUUGCAGGUGGUGCGACAGGAGGCUUCUCGACAGACUUAAUAGUCUCGACUGGCUUCACUUGA